UAAGUUGUUAACAAAGCAGCAGUCAACAACACGAAAACUGUACCUCUCAGAGUCUCAUGGCAAAGGCUAGCGCUAAGUCAGCCAUCAGGAACAAUCUAAGCAUCCUUACCAAUGGGAUAUCAGCUCAACCCGCUGUCUUCAGUGAGGUCGUUAACGGUUGUGGUGAGAAAAAGUUAAUUACACCAAAACAAGCUAAAGAAUAUGUUGACAAUAGUGCUGGGAAGGAAAUAAGUACCAGAGCUGGUAACCUGGUUCAUAGCAUAAUGGCUGUUACUGAUGUCAUUCCUGAAAGUUUGGACACUUUUCUAUGUAUUUUGUAUGACAGUGAUGAUCUAUUGUUAAGAAAAGUAGCAAGCAAGAUUGCUAAUGACUAUGGUCGUGAUCUACCUCAGUAUAAUGCCAGACUUGACAGUGACAUCAAUGAGGACAUCCCAGCAAAUACUCGUGUUUCUAGUUCUAACUCCCUUCCUUCUCCUUCUCCUCCUCGCAAACCAUCAAAUCACUUCUCUAAUUUAAUGAAGCCUCUUGUAUUUCUAGCUAUUGCAGUUGCUGUCUUUGCAGCUUGUUAUAAUUUAUACAGUUCUGGUAAAGGGCCUGAAAACACCUUCAUAAAACCACCAGUGGUGGAAGAGAAAUUGGACAAUGGUGAUGUUCCGUUCCAGCACACUGAAACUCCACCUAAUAAUGAUCCAUUACCUCCUCCAUCAUCAGCUGGUAAAGAGACCAUACCAGUGGUCAAGAAGAAUUUGGACGAUGCUGACGUUCCAUCCCAAAACACUAAUAAUGGUCCAUUGCCUCCUUCAUCGUUAGCUGGUAAAGGAUCUAAAAAGACUAUACCAGUGGUUGAAGAGAAGUUGGACAAUACUGACGUUCCAUCCCAACACACUGAUACUCAGCAUAAUAAUGAUCCACUACCUCCUUCAUCAUCAGACAAAGAACCACUGAAGUUGCGUGAUUUAUAUAGUGUCAUAAGAUCAUUAAAAAAUAAUGAUUAUGAUGUUAGUACAUGGAGUGGCUUGUGUCUUGCACUUGGUCUGUCUCAAUCAACAAUAAAUACCAUUAAAAAAGAUGAAAUGGAUUCAAAUGAUCGUUUUAGAUCAUGUUUGUAUCAAUGGUUGAACCGAGUUGAUCAAGUUGAUGAGUUUGGAGGAGCAACAUGGGCUUCACUGGUGACAGCUCUUGAGAACAUUGGCCAGAAGCCAGUUGCUGAAAAACUGAAAGAAAGAACAAAGUAGUACAUUUUAAAUUUUUGCAGACCAUGCAAUAUUUUGUUUACUUAAACUUGUAAUGGUCAGUUGUCAAUA